CAAUUAAAGGCAUUGAGAUCAUCAGCAUCUUUACCUGCGAGGGAAGACUGACUCGUGUCCCAAACUCUUGAGAAUAUGGCAGCAGCAAUUCUUGAGCUGAAGCUAGCAAGGUCUUUUGUGCUGCACUUCAACCUGAUCUGCAUAUGUUUACUUCUACCAUUUUCCUUCAGGCCAGUGUCUUCUUUCUCAGUAGUAAGGUCCCUUCCUGGGUUUUCCGGUCCCCUUCCCUUCAAGCUUGAGACUGGAUACGUGGGGGUGGGAGAUGCUGAGUUCUUCUACUACUUCAUCGAAUCAGAAGGCAAACCAGCAGAAGACCCUCUUUUGCUCUGGCUCACUGGAGGCCCUGGCUGCUCUGCUAUCUCUGGACUGCUUUUUGAAAUAGGCCCUAUACAAUUUAACAUUGUCGAGUAUAACGGUACCUUACCAACUCUGGCACUCAAUCCUCACUCAUGGACAAAGGUUGCUAGUAUAAUCUUUUUAGAUGCACCUGUUGGGACUGGAUUCUCUUAUUCAAGGAGCGAGCAAGGUUACAAGUCCAAAGAUACAAUAUAUGCUAAGCAGAGUUACGACUUUCUGAGGAAGUGGUUGCUAAGUCACCAGAAGUUCGUUACAAAUCCUCUCUACAUUGCUGGCGACUCGUUUUCUGGCAUGAUUGUUCCAAUCAUUGCUAAAGCAAUUUCAGAUGGUAUUGAAGAUGGGCACAGACCGCAACUCAAUCUCAAAGGAUAUUUGCUUGGUAACCCAGCAACAGAUUCUAAAUUUGAUGAUAAUUCCAAAAUCCCAUUUGUUCAUCGUCUAGGACUUAUAUCUGAUGAACUUUAUGAGUCAGCGAAAACGAGUUGCCAAGGAGACUAUAUAAAAGUGGAGAAGAGCAAUAAAAAGUGUGCAGAGUAUCUUCAAGCCAUAUCAGAACGCACCACAAGAGUAAACAGACCACAUGUAUUGGAGCCUAAGUGCCCUUCUGAAUUUCAGCAGUGGAAUAAGAUCAAGAUGAAUAAUAGAAAAUAUUUCCUAGAAGAAUAUGAAGAGCCAUUCCUUCUCCCAGAUUAUCAAUUUGGGUGCAGGAACUACAACAGUUACCUCUGCAAUAUAUGGGCAAAUGACAUCAGUGUACAGAAAGCACUUCAUAUUCGAAAGGGAACAGUGACAAUGUGGAUAAGAUGCAACCGUAGCUUACCGUACGAGAAGGAUGUUCAGAGUGCUCUAAGCUGUCAUCUCUAUCUCAAUACCAGAGGUUACAGAGCUCUAAUAUACAGUGGAGAUCAUGACAUGCUAGUUCCAUACUUGGGAACUAUAUCAUGGAUUAAGGCCCUGAAUUUCUCUGUAGUUGAUGAUUGGCGGCCAUGGAUGGUUGAUGGUCAAGUUGCAGGAUACUCAAGAGAAUUCAAGAACAACUUCACCUUCGCAACUUUGAAGGGAGGGGGGCAUACAGCUCCAGAAUACCAGCCUAGGGAAUGCUUUGCCAUGUUCAAAAGAUGGAUUUCUGGGGAAUCCUUGUCAUCAAUUGCUACAUCCCCCACGUGUGCCACAGUGGCCUAGCCAUAAAUUUGUAUUAGGGGGCCAAAAAUACAUUUAUUUAAACAAU